CAAAGGCGGGAAAGAGGGAAAAUACUGUGUCGUUCUGCAUGUACCUGCAUUAAACAAAGUACCUACAGAAAUUCCCUAGUAUUAAUUUGUUGAGCAAGUUUGUCGACAGAAAUGCCCAAUUUACGAUACGCACAUAGCGAAGGACACACGGACCUGUGCUACACAAGUGAUUUUAAGUACAUAAUAACGUGUGGAAGUGAGGGUGAUGUUAGGGUAUGGAAUGGUGUUGAUGAUGUUGACCAAAAAGAUAUCUGCGCUGGAGAAAGGGCUUGGUCUCUUGCACAGAAGGGAAAGAAUCUUUAUGUGGGCACCGAGAUUAAUGUUGUUCAAUCAUACACUUUCCCCGGUCUUGAAACUGAUGGGAUCAUUACUAGAUUCACAGCUCCUGUUACACAAAUCGACGUUUCAUGCGAUGGCCAGAAACUUGUAGCUGGUUCAUGCGAUAUGAUGGUGCAUGUCGUUGAUUUGAGCACACUCGAAUGUGUCAGGCUAAUUGGACACAAAGCUCCAGUUUUGAGUGUAUGUUUUGACCCGAAGAUGGAAUAUGUCGUUUCUUCGGGGUGUGAUGGUUUUGUUAAAAUCUGGUCCUUGGCAAUAAACGAUGUCAUCCAUCAAUGGGAUUGUUUGAACAAAACUAAUUCUUUUGAAGCCUCGAAAACGCUUUGCAGGAUGCAUUUUCAGAAAGGAGGAACCCUACUUGCUGUGCCUUUGCACAAAUCAGUCGUAUUGUAUGAACGAGGCUCUUGGAACCAAGUCCAGACUUUCGGCGAUGAAUUAUUUGAUGGUUACAGCAUUGUAAAAUUCUCACCAUGUGGAACAAAACUGGCGGCUGGAACCUUCCAAGGGAGUUUACUUGUGUGGGAAGUUACCAGCGAGAAAUUGUUGAAGAAAGAAAGAGAUGAAAAUGUACAAGCAAUUACUGGGAUCGCCUGGCGUAAAGAUUCAUCGGGGGUUGUCUUCUGCAAUUCUUCCGGGCAGCUUGGUGAUCUUGAAAUUCCUCAAAGCACCACAAUGGAUGAGGAUGAUUAUGAUACGAGAGCUCCAGAAGAUAUUCCAAUCUCUGAGCCGAUUUUUGACGAUGAUGAGGAUGAUGAUGAAAAUGUCAUUUCCCUUGAAAAGAUCAAAGCUCAAUCUGGCUUUUUGGACAAUAAUGCAUCUCCCUCUGGAAAAAAUGAUGACAGUGAAGAUGAGAAAGAAAGUGUAACAUCAGCACCUGCAAAGUAUCACUCACCAAUUUCUGAACUUCAACAAGCUUUUCAACCAACUUCCACUCCGACUCACUUGCAGCAACGAUUUAUGGUUUGGAAUGGAGUUGGAAUUAUUCGUCAGUUCAAUACAGAUGAAGUUAAUGAAAUCGAUGUUGAAUUUCAUGAUACAUCGAAUAAUUACAAUGUGAGGUUAAACAACCUCCUGAACCACACGAUGGCAAGUCUAACGUCAAAUUCGAUAGUUCUAGCCUGUGCUAGAUCUGAGGACGGCCCGAGCAAACUGAUGUGUCUAGUAUUGAAAUCCUGGGAUGGCCAAAAAGAAUGGGACUGCUCCAUGCCGAAUUGCGAAGAGAUUGUCGGCGUCUCGGCCGGUGAGGACUGGGUUGCAGCAGCAGUUGACAAUUCAGCUUUACGACUGUUCUCUUUGGACGGAACACAAAUUGAUAUUUUUUCAAUACCGGGUAAUUUUGUAACUAUGGCUGGACACCUCAACAAGCUUGCAGUUGUAUUUCAUAUUGGCAUCGGUCUAAACAGUGAUCAGUGUUUAUCAUAUUGUGAGCUGAAGAUUAAUCAGGCUACUAAACUUUUAUCUGCUCAGUCGAUUAAACCUCUACCACUUUCAAACGGCACUAAACUUCGUUGGUUAGGCUAUACCGACGAAGGUUCGCUCAGCUCUGUCGAUUCAAGCGGUGUUUUAAGAAUAUUGUAUGGCUCAAUUUGGAGACCUGUCUGCUCUCUAGAUGAACAGUGCAAAUCAAAAUUUGAUCAUUAUUUUGUCGUUGGUAUCAACGAAUCGACACAUACAACAAGAGCGAUUCUAUGCAAGGGAGCUUUUUAUCCACAAGUCAUACCAAAACCUCUUGUUUCUGAAGUGAAAUGGCAGAUUCCACUUUGUGAGUUGGAUUCUGAAAAGGGCAAACUUGAAGAAGAGUAUUUAAGAAACAAAAUAACAAUUCGAAAUAUAAACUUAGAUAACAACUUCUUCCAAGAUACUAAGAAGUCGAUUGAAAAGUCGAUUUCUAUCACGGUCAUGAAGCUUUUUGCUCUUGCUUGCCGAAGUGGAUUAGAAGCGAGAGCAGUUGCUUUGUGCGAAGCAAUGCAGAGUUUAGACAUUGUCAAACUAGCCGCAAAAUAUGCCAUGAAAAUGGGCAAGCACCAGUUGGCACAGAAAGUAAAUGAAGUUGCUGCAAGAAUGGCAGACCCGGUUUUUGAAAUUGAACGAGAAGAGGACAUCAGAAGCAGUUAUGAACCUGCUGACUGUGAUCAAUCCACAGAAGGUUAUUCGCAAGAUUUAUUUGAAGAAACUGAACCAGUAAAAGAAAAUCUCAUAUUGAAACUAAAACAGAAGAAAAAUGAUGCAAGCCCAAAGCCAUUGAGGCUUCGCAUGGCCGGUAACCCGUUUAGAAAAGACAAUGGAUCUUCAUCAAAAAAUAUCCAGAACAACGGUUACUCCGAGAGUAAAGGAACUUUUUUGGAAUGGUACUCUGAAAACCAGGCAAGGCUACAAGAAGAGAACCCGUUUAUGAAAGAAGGAGAGCUCGCAGUCACAGGGAUGAAGCAGUACAAACUUUUACCGUCGAAUUUGAAAGAGCCAAUCAAUUCAGAAUCGAGCCAGAGCGAACCAGCUUGCCCCAAGAAAAGAAAAAUAACGAACCAGGAAGACGAUGGGCCAAGGAAAAAGACAAACUCGCUUUCAAAACUUAAGUCAUUUACAUUUCAGAAACAAUCUCAUUGAUUAUUUAAUUUUAAAAUUUUAUUUCUUGUCGACUGAAAAUUUAUAAAUAAUGUGAAA